AUGAUUCGUCGCGAGGCUCGUCUGCGAAGGGAAUACAUUUAUCGAAAAUCACUCGAAGAAAAGCAACGAGCCACCGAGGAGAAACGGCAAAAAGUGGUGGCCGCCGUCGAGUCAAACAAGGCUAUUCCAAAUGAUUUGAAGAAAGACGCGCUCGCACUGCAAAAUGGAGCCGAUUGGGGUGGACAGGUGAAUGAAAUCGAUGACGAGUAUCGCUGGGCGGGAGCAACCGAUCCAAAAGUCGUCAUCACAACAAGCCAUGAUCCGUCGUCGAGUCUCAAGGUCUUCUCGAAGGAAAUGAAACUCGUCUUUCCAAAUGCUCAGCGAAUCAAUCGAGGCAAAGCCGACAUCAGACACAUCUGUCAAGCCUGUAAAGCCAAUGACGUAACAGAUUUGAUCAUCUUUCACGAGACUUCGGGAAAACCCGAUGGAAUGAUUGUGUGCCAUUUACCGUUUGGUCCAACUACCUAUUUUAACAUCUCGAAUGUGGUGAUGCGUCAUGACAUUGAGAAUCACGGAAAAGUCUCGGAAGCCUACCCACACUUAAUUUUUCACAACAUGGAUACAAAGUUGGGACUGCGAAUAACAAAAGUCCUAAAGCAUCUGUUUCCUGUGCCAAAACCGGAAUCGAAGAGGGUGAUGACUUUUGCCAACAACGAUGAUUUUAUUUCUUUCCGCCAUCACGUGUAUAAAAAGGGAACUGAUGGCUCGUUUGAGUUAACAGAAGUUGGACCGCGUUUUGAAAUUAGACCAUAUUGCAUCAAACUCGGAACACUCGAAAAUAUCAAAGCGGCUGAAGAUGAGUGGGUUCUGCGAAAUUUCAUGCGAACAUCUCACAAGCGACAAUGGCUCAGCUCAGGGAAAAAUGAAGACGAUUUCGAAGAAAUUCCUGAUAUU